AUGGGAAAAACGGAAAUAUGGGAAAAACGCAAAUAUGGGAAAGACGCAAAUAUGGGAAAGACGCAAAUAUGGGAAAGACGCAAAUAUGGGAAAGACGCAAAUAUGGGAAAGACGCAAAUAUGGGAAAGACGCAAAUAUGGGAAAGACGCAAAUAUGGGAAAGACGCAAAUAUGGGAAAGACGCAAAUAUGGGAAAGACGCAAAUAUGGGAAAAACGCAAAUAUGGGAAAAACGCAAAUAUGGGAAAAACGCAAAUAUGGGAAGAACGCAAACAUGGGAAGAACGCAAACAUGGGAAGAACGCAAACAUGGGAAGAACGCAAACAUGGGAAGAACGCAAACAUGGGAAGAACGCAAACAUGGGAAGAACGCAAACAUGGGAAGAACGCAAACAUGGGAAGAACGCAAACAUGGGACAAACGCAAACAUGGGAAAAACGCAAAUAUGGGUCAAACGCAAAUAUGGGACAAACGCAAAUAUGGGACAAACGCAAAUAUGGGACAAACGCAAAUAUGGGACAAACGCAAAUAUGGGACAAACGCAAAUAUGGGACAAACGCAAAUAUGGGAAAAACGCAAAUAUGGGAAAAACGCAAAUAUGGGACAAACGCAAAUAUGGGACAAACGCAAAUAUGGGAAAAACGCAAAUAUGGGAAAAACGCAAAUAUGGGAAAAACGCAAAUAUGGGAAAAACGCAAAUAUGGGAAAAACGCAAAUAUGGGAACAACGCAAAUAUGGGAACAACGCAAAUAUGGGAACAACGCAAAUAUGGGAACAACGCAAAUAUGGGAACAACGCAAAUAUUGGAACAACGCAAAUAUGGGAACAACGCAAAUAUGGGAACAACGCAAAUAUGGGAACAACGCAAAUAUGGGAACAACGCAAAUAUGGGAAAAACGCAAAUAUGGGAAAAACGCAAAUAUGGGAAAAACGCAAACAUGGGAAAAACGCAAACAUGGGAAAAACGCAAACAUGGGAAAAACGCAAACAUGGGAAAAACGCAAACAUGGGAAAAACGCAAACAUGGGAACAACGCAAACAUGGGAACAACGCAAAUAUGGGAAAAACGCAAACAUGGGAAAAACGCAAAUAUGGGAAAAACGCAAAUACGGGAAAAACGCAAAUAUGGGAAAAACGCAAAUACGGGAAAAACGCAAAUACUUGAAAAACGCAAAUACGGGAAAAACGCAAAUACGGGGAAAACGCAAAUACGGGGAAAACGCAAAUACGGGGAAAACGCAAAUACGGGAAAAACGCAAAUACGGGGAAAACGCAAAUACGGGGAAAACGCAAAUACGGGGAAAAACGCAAAUAUGGGGAAAACGCAAAUAUGGGGAAAACGCAAAUAUGGGGAAAACGCAAAUAUGGGGAAAACGCAAAUAUGGGAAAAACGCAAAUAUGGGAAAAACGCAAAUAUGGGAAAAACGCAAAUAUGGGAAAAACGCAAAUAUGGGAAAAUCGCAAAUAUGGGAAAAACGCAAAUAUGGGAAAAACGCAAAUAUGGGAAAAACGCAAAUAUGGGAAAAACGCAAACAUGGGAAAAACGCAAACAUGGGAAAAACGCAAACAUGGGAAAAACGCAAACAUGGGAAAAACGCUAACAUGGGAAAAACGCAAACAUGGGAAAAACGCAAACAUGGGAAAAACGCAAACAUCGGAAAAACGCAAACAUGGGAAAAAGGCAAAUGUAGUGAAAGAGAAAUUUGUGGCACAACUUGA